GACGUGACAACCGGUGUCGGUUUUGAGGGAGCCGGCGUCGGGGAUCUCAGAGUCCUAACGGAGUGCUUACGUUGAAGUUAUUUUGUGAAUAACCACCCUUCAGUAAAACUGUGUGAACAAUGCCUAGGAGCAGCAUCGCUUCACUGUACCUUGGAGGAAACUUUACUACCGAAUGCCCAAAUGGGUCCCAUUAUGUUUGGGAUAUUCUCCAAGCGUGCACCGAAGAUUGGAGGGACAUAGCAAGUGUUGUGUUGGGGUUGUUUUCUGUCAUCUGCUUCAUGUUCUCCACUUUCCCGCAGUGUUACAGGUCCUACAAGAAUGGAGAUAUGAAUCAAGCGUUAUCGCUCUGGUUCCUGUUGGGUUGGUUGGGAGGUGACUCGUGCAAUUUUAUUGGUGCUUUUCUGGCUCAGCAAUUGCCACUGCAGAUUUACACUGCUAUUUAUUAUGUGAUAGUGGACUUGGUCAUGGUCUCAAUGUAUUUUUACUACAAGAUAAAGAACCGGUCUAGACAAGAUGGGUCUGCAGUUAAUGUUGUUGUUGUGCUUGUGAUGCUUGGAACAGCUGGUUCCCUAGUACCAGGCAACAAUCUAGUAUCUCCAAUUGGAGAAAUGCCAACAUUCAACAAGCGCUCUCUUUUGACUAUUCCGCAAGCAUCUGCAAACCAGACAUUUACUACACAGGAAAUCAUUGGAUUUAUAGUUGGCUCAUUUUCAUCAGUAUUCUACCUGGCAUCCAGGUUGCCUCAGUUGUGGAGAAAUAUGCAGAGGAAGUCUACCGAAGGCAUAUCUCUUUGCCUCUUUGCCUUGAUGAUCCUAGGGAAUCUUACAUAUGGCCUGUCCGUGUUGCUGAAGGUCCCAAGAAAGGGACAGACUGAGGAUAACUACGUGGUGCAUCAUGUUCCCUGGCUGGUGGGCAGCUUGGGAACUAUGGCGCUCGACAUUAUGAUUUUAAUUCAGUUUUUCAUGUAUAAAACACAGAAGGAUGAAAGGGAACUAUUAAUUCCACGGAGAAGAUUACACUGAAGAUUUUUAAAAAUGGAAACAAUGAUAAGGGAAAUACUUAUGUAAAUUCAACUGGAAAACCUGAUUUAGUUUAGAAGAUAACUAAACUUUAUGCUGCAUUUCCAUAUUAAUUAAUUUUUACAAUUAUGCUGGAAUCAAGGUCACCUGGGAGAUACCUCACCCCUAAGAGCUUGUUGCACAAACCUGACUUUCAUGCAUCAUCGUGUUCCCACUGGGCGAAGAGGGAGAAAGGUGCAAAAUGUUUGUCGUCUUGAAAUCAGUGGAUGAACCAAUAGAUGAAAGAACAGAGAAAAAUGGUUAUAAAAUUCAUCCAGUCUCAGCAAUUAAGAACAUUAUUUAGUUAUAGACUUGUCCACUGGACUGCACCAAGUGAUCGGUUUCUACAUCUAUGUGUAAUGAUGUUGCUAUUGAUCAGAAAUACUUGAAGAGUCGAAUCAAAUUUCACACAAAGAUAUUGCAGUCCAGAAAUUAACCAACCAUUAAUAUUUGUUUGAACUUAGGAAUGGGGUGGUAAAGCUGCCCAGACAAUUCUUGACCAAACUGCAAUAAUUUUAUUUACAACUGGGUUUUAAUUAGACUUUUAUUGAACUUGAAAUAGUAGAUAUACAAAUUCACAUCAUAGGAGCUGCAUUUUAAAAAUGGGAAGAUGCACUGGGUGACACAGUAGUGCACCUUGUAGAGCCACUGCUUCACAGGGACAACAAUGCCCCAUGUUCAGACUUGACCUCUGGAGUUUGCAUCUCUUCUCUGUGUGACAGGGUUAGAUAUUCUCCAAGAUCUCUAGUUUCCUCCCAUGCCUCAAGAAUGCGCAAGUUGAUAGGUGAUUGGCCACUAAGUUAUUCUGAUGGACUUGGUCCAUAAACAUGAGAUUCUGCAGAUGCUGGAAAUUUUGAGCAACACACAAAAUGCUAGAGGCAGCAUCUGGAGCGGAAUAAGCAGUCGACAUUUCAGGCUGAGACCUGCAUCAGGAUUGGAAAGGAAUGGGGCAUAAAUCAGAAUAAGAAUGGUGAGGAAGGGGCUGCCUGCUUGUUCUCCUUCACUUUACCCCUACCUUAAUCUGGCUUCUAUCUGCUUCCAAUCCUGAUGAGGGGUCUUGGCCCAAAGUGUUACCUGUCCCCUCCAUAGGUGCUACCUGAGUUGCUGACAUCCUCCAGCAUCUGCGUGUGGAGAGCUGAAGAGCCUGUUUCUGUUCUGCACCUCUCAGUGACUCUGUGGUGGCCCUGAUGAAUGUUGGGUGUGGUCAUGAGCCAUUCAAAAAUGUAUUCCUGGUCUGUACUGAUAAUCAACUACAACUUUCCUUGGAUAAAGAAUGGUUAAGGAAUCAGGCAAGUUCCUCAUCUAUUCAGUCACAUUUACCUGACCAGUGUAUGAAGGUGUAAAGCUGGAAUGUAAUUGGGCUGAGCUAUGCGAUGCUUUCAGAAGCAUCACUGGCCCACUGACACUUGCUGUCUGGGCUCAUCAACCGGAAAUGACCACUUGAGUUAUGUAGCAGAAUGCAAAACACUGAACUUGUAUCCCAGCAGGAAUUUGGUUUAUAGGGGAUGGUUCUGUGCAGGUUAUCAUAAAUGUUCCAGUUUUUAAAUACAUUAUCUGUAUUUUAAUUUAAAUAUAUUAAUAUUUUUGUAUGAACUUAAGUGACAAGAUCAAGAAAAGUCUUGUCCAGUGUUUUAAAUUUUUAUGGGUUCUUAUGGAACAUUGUGGCUUAUAAAAUUAGUGAAACUAUUUAAUUUGAUUUUGAUCAUUUGAGAUUUUCAGAAUUGAACCAAUUAGCAGCAAAAUUUGUUUAUCCUUUAUUAUGUUAUUGAUAUGGGUAACAUUCCUUUGGAUUUACCAUUUUUGUUUGGAAUCUCAAUAGUUACAAAAGACUGUUUGGCCCAUUGAGUCCAUGCUGACUCUCCAGCUGCCCUACUUCUGCAUCCUCUCACUGUUGCCAUGCAAAUUCUUUCAGAUAAUUAUCCAAAUACCUUCAUGACUACCCUUGACCAUGCAUUAUAGAUUCUAACCAUUCACCGCACACUGCCAGUCAACUUCAUUUUGUGUUCCCUGGCUCUUGACCCUUCCACCAAUGACAGCAGUUUCUUUCUUCAUCCUUCAUAAUUCAUUGGGUACUCUAGUAUCCCCUCUUUCAACUUUGGCUCCUCCAGCCUAUCCACACAACUAAAAAUCCCUCAGUGAUGGAAUCACUUGAGUAAAAGUGAUUAGUCCAAAGACUGCUUCCUAAAGUACAGUGCUAGUCAUAAAGUUAAUGAUUUCUUUGCUCUAAUCCUGUCUGUCUAUAUUUAUAAAGCCCAAGAUCCUGUUUGUUUUUUUUUAACAACUUUCCCAAUUAUUUGGUCACUAUUAACAAACUAUACCUGUACCUGAAAUUUCCCUGUACUUAACCUUUGUUAGAGUUGUGCCAUUGACUUUAUAUUGUCCUUUCUCAUUCAUCCUGCCACAAUGUAACUUGGCAUUUCUCAGCAUUGCUUGUUCCUCUUAAGGCACAUUUUUCUCACUGCUUCUCCCUCUAUCCUCACUUGUGUUCGGAUCAAGAUUCACAGAACCAUUUUCUGCUCUUAUUUCAUUCUAAUUUUCCUUUUCCUCCUGCAGUAACGCUUAAAACCCAACCUUUUUCUCACUUUUUCCUCGCGUAUUCCUGAAUUAUUUUAAUGCAAAAGAAACAUAAAUUGAUAGCUAUUGAUAACUUUGUAUAAACUAGUUGAUGUAUAAAUGUUUUUACUCUGGUAUUUGACUUUCUUAGCAAGGUAGCAAUAUUUUAAUUUUUUUAUUCAUGCAUUUUUAGAGCUAAAUCAUUGGCACAUAGAAUGUGCUUUUUAAAACAAGAACUACCCUUGCUGUCUGGAUUUACUCAGUAGCUCUAAUUAGUCCCCACAUCUGGAUGUUACACUACAAGCCAUUUGAAAAUAAUGAUCUGUGUGUCAAAUUAAUUUUUUGUUUAUCCCACAAGGCUGAAUUGGCAACUCUGACUUCAGCACAGGCAAAAUCAUCUGCUUAAGCCCAUCAUUCCUACUGAGGCAAAGACCCCUGACCACAGCUCCCCAGAGUCCCAUGUUCUGGGCCACCAGAAGGGUGAUCAGCUCUGUGCUUCCACUUUCACCAUAUAACUUCAUACGUCUCCUAGUCAAAAAUCCUUCCCCUGACAGGACUGAGUUCUAUGGAGCUUCUGUUGCCAUUUCUGUAGUUUGCUAGCCCCAGGCCCAUCCCCUGCCCCCCCCCCCCUUUUGUAGCCAGGCUUGGGACUGUCCAUGGCAGAGUUAACAUAAUUCUAUCCACCAGUUAAAUGUGAAUGGUGACAGUGGUACAGUAUGUAGUUAUAAGCUUCAACUUCAGGCUUUGUUUUCAAGCUUCAUUGUCUGAAGUAUUAUGAAGGAUGUUUGGAGUUGGCCCAAACCCUUAUAAUGCUGUCCUCCAUCACUUCACACAUCCAGCUACUGUAACAAAAAAGUGCACAUAUUAAAGAUUUGCCAGCAAGUUAACUGAAAACAAACAAAGCUUAUCCUAAUAUUUAAUAAUUAUUUAAAAUUAAAUGAAGGUUUGGCCUCUAACUUUUUUAAAAGUAAAAAAACUUGCAAUUGAUGGAUAUUUUUUCUUCGUGUGAUGUGAGCAAGCCCAUCCCUUCUGAAAAUCCUGAAGUAUUCUCAAAAUUCCUAAAGUAUCAGUUAAUUAUUCAAUUCAUACUUGACCUGAGUCAAUAGUGAUUUCUGCAUUUUCCCCUUUUCUCAUCAUCCCUUUGAUUCUUAUCCUAGUUAAGUUCUUGUGCAUUUGACUCUGCUUUUGUUUUAGGUAUAUGAGGGGAGGAGCCUGCAGGGAUUGGGCAAACGGAAAUUGGGGUAGGUAGCUGGAGAAAUAAGGUCAACAUGGCUUCAUUGGGCUGAAGGGCCUGCAUGUAUGCUGUAUUGCUCUACGACUCCAUAACUAGUUGCCCUCCCUAUUUGAAUAUUUUAAUAUUCAUUGUUAUGUUAUUUCUGAAGUAAUAUUGGGAGAAAAUGGCAUCUGUGACUGUGAGCACCAACAACCACUGAAAGCUCAUGGGUUUGGUAUUUUUUUGCAUAACUUUCUUCUGGGCAGCUUCAUACUGAUUCGCUUAUUUUAUGCAUUUAUUUGUUGCAUUUGUGUUUCAGAUUAAUUCCAAUAUAUUGUAGAUGGUAUUAGUAUUAACAGACUGGCUGAGUUUUUGGGUGCUCAUGUUUAAAACAAAUUGUGCAAAGUUACAGAGAAGAAAGUUUUUGCCCUGUUAUCUCAUUGUGUUGUUGGUUAAUUAGUUCCUGACGUAGGUUCCUCCAACAAUCCUGAAUAUGUCAUCCUAAAGAGCAUUUGACAAAGGGUAUCUGAUUGUCCUUAUCAGGACUAAAUGACCGGAAGGUCCAAAAGAGGGAGAACAUGAGUGAUGAGGGAAACUGCAGCCAUUUACUAAUUUGUUUGUUACCCCACAGGCUUGUUCGGGGUGUAUUUAAAUAUGCAAUUACAAGUACAUCAUUGUAGAAAUGGACAGGGAGUCUGUUGAGCCCUUCAGACCUAAUCUUUUAUCCAUCAUGACUUAUCCUUUCAAAUCUUCACAAAUUGCUAAAUUCAAACUUGCCUUUUAAUUUGGCUCUGUUUAUUCAUUUGGCUCUUCGUAAUCUCUCAGAAGAGGGUUGGAUUAAUGUUGCUCUGUAUUGAUUUCAAACAAGGAUGCGCUGAGGUAUUUCACAAAAAGGCAUUAAUGUCACUCGGCUACUUAAGAGGAAAUGGAAAAAAUGGUCAUAAAUACAUUGAAAAGGGUACCUUCACAGGGAAUUUAUCUCCUCUGCCAUAGCUGAGGGGAUAGGAAUGUUUACAAAAGGUGCUGCACUUCGUUGCACUCGUUGGUGUAGAGUAUACCAGUACUGAUUGAUAGGUAGAUACUUUAUUGAUCCCAAAGGAAAUUGUAGUGUCACAGUAGCAUUACAAGUGCACAGAUAUAAAUAUUAGAAAAGUAGAAAUAAUAAAAAAUAAGUUGCCACAAACAGUCUAACUGGAGGGGGGUCAUCACUUCUCUGGCCUGACUCACUCUAGAGCCUAAUGGUCAGGGGUAAGAAUGACCUCAUAGCGCUCUUUGGAGCAGCGCAGUUAUCUAAAGGAUGCUUGAAUUUCCCCAGGCAAUGGAGGAUUCUGAGUAACCCACUUCUCACACGAACUGUCUGGUUGGUGACAAAUCUACUUUGUAUUUAUGAAUAGUUACCUUCUGCACAGGAUGUUUAUGCAGUUUACUGGUCACUUUAGUGCAUAUCUGGUUUUUGAGUGAUUAUUUUUUCCAGUAUAUGUUGCUAUGAUAUUGUAAAUUACAAGAUAAAGGGAGGCAACAUUUCACUAUUUUAUUGUACUAUAAUGUUCUUCCUAGUUUGACUAAUAGAAAAUAUCAAAUUGUAUUUUAAUUAUUUUUAAUACAAUAGUAGAUCAGUUUAUUUAAAUGUUAGAUAAACUGCUAUUUCUAGCAUCUGAAAGUCAAUUAUUGAACAAUGUAAAUGUACGCAUAAUAUAUCAAGCAUUUAUCAAAGAAGCAGUUAAUCAAAUGAACAUUUUUCAUUCUCCUAUCUUUUUAUAUUUGGUGUUUCUUUUUUCCCCUGAAUAAACCAAACAUCAAACAAUGUUAGACACUAGAGGGCUGUGGGAUUAAUUAAAUGAAUGACUUUAGAAGGAGAAAAUAACUACAGUAUUUAAAUGCAUCCAAUCACUUAGUAUUGGAAAAGACUGAGCUUGGCAGCUUUUCACAGGCUGUCUGCCCAAAUGUCUGUGCCAUUUCUUUGAAAGCUUUCCAAUUAACUGUACAUGCCAGUGUCUGAUGAUGCCCCCACCUCCUGCCGCUUACCCAAUCUUCCUUCCCACAUUAAAGCGGUUUUCUUAAAGUUACUAUUGAAUCUAUUUCCUUCACCUUUUGGUUGUUUCAAAUUUAAAACCACUCAGUAGUAGUAGAAACUUUGUUCCACACCCACCUGGCUCUUUGCCAGUUUAUCGUACUUUGUGCUGUCUGUUUGCCAACUUCCUCGCCAGAGAAAAUAAUUUUGCUGCUUCUACUCUACUCAGGCCUGUCCUAAUAUUGGACAUCUUCCCUUGACUUUCUCUCCAUUCUUUCAUUAUAAAUGCACUCUCCCAUCUGAGAGGAUCCCUAGUACAACUUUUGCAAAGUUUUGUGUUCUUAGACAUGGAGCUCAGAACUGAAUGCAACAGGGGUCUGGUUAGUGACUGAUAACAAUUUAGCAUAACCUCCUUGUGGUCCCAUACAUCUGUUUCAAUGUACACAAAUAAUUAUGUCUGCCUUUAAUGAUUUUCCUCCCUGGACAGCAUUGUUCAAUUGAGCAAGGAUGCACUCUGUUUGUACUGCAUGUCAGUAUAGACAGGAAGGGAGAGAAACUUGCAUGCCUGUGAAGGAAAUUGAUCUCUGCCAAGCCUCAUUAGCUGCUCUGUUUAGGAUAUUCAGUACAUUAUAGUACUAAUCUAUUUUAUCACAACAGAAUCAAUGUAUUUUGCAGCAUACUUGAAUACAAAUAAAAUUAAUUUUGUUUAAUAUAAUGUAUGAUAAAUUCAGAAUAAUUUGUUUUAAAAGUUUACAAACUUGUUUUAAACAUUCCCAAUGUUUGUAUAAUGGUUGC